AUCCAAUGCUGUGUCGGACUUAAGAACAUCUUUGAAAUCAUUACUAUUCUUUGAAAUCACAUACUCCGUAAACUCCGAUCAAGCAUAGCAAACAUGACGCACCGCCGACCAUGGGUAUAAAGAGCAUGUCGACUCCGAGAAACCGCUUCCAUUCAGGUGGACUAACAGCCAUCAACGCCAAUCUCCUUUCCCUUUAGAUCUACAUUCCCCGGGAGCAAAGCAAGAUACAGACGAAGUGACAAUGUCCGUCGACGAAAUUGUCUCGACCCAACGCCGCAAUCUCCCCCUCCUCGCCACCCCCGAGGCCAUCUCAGGGAGAACCUACAUCGUGACCGGGGCGAACACCGGCCUCGGCUUGGAAGCAGCCAAGCGUCUCGUCGCGCUCGGAGCCGACAAGGUGAUCCUGGCAGUCCGGAGUCUCGAGGCUGGCGAGAGGGCGAAAGACGCGAUCGAGAACGGUACCACUCGUCCCGGCGUGGUGGAGGUGUGGCACCUCGACCUCAGCAGUUUUGAUUCGGUGAAGACGUUUGCGCAGCGGGCCAUUGCAGAGUUGGAGCGCAUUGACGCGGUGAUCGAGAAUGCGGCGGUGGCGAUGAUGGGCCCUGUCCGCGCGGAGGGCCAUCUCUUGUCUGUGACGGUCAAUGUGCUGGGGACAUUCUUGUUGGCUGUGCUGUUGGCGGGGAAGAUGCGGGAGAGUGCGGAGAGGAGUGGUGGUGGGCUGGUCAGGGUGGUGAUGGUGACAAGUCGGAUCGGGUUCACAGCCCAGGAGGAGUGGCAGGGGAUCUGGGAGGAUCCGCUGGUGGGGAUUGAACGAGAUGAGGGGUUGCAGGCUAAGAGUUAUCCCCUGUCGAAGUUGAUGGAGAUCCUGGCCCUGAAGCACCUCGCGACUAUGCUGCCCGUCGAGCGCACGGGGGUGGUCUUCAACCUUGUUUGUCCCGGGCUUUGCACGACUGAACUGAUCCGUAAUGUUCCGUCGGACCGCAAGGCACAGAUCACUGAUAUGCAUCGGCUUUACGGGCGGACGGCGGAAGAUGGGAGUCGGACGCUGUUGCAUGGUGCGGUGGCGGGGAGGGAAUCCCAUGGGUGUCUUCUCCAUUCGUGCGAGAUGGGCGAGAAGGAUAUUCCCGACUGGGUGACCGACGAAGAAGGGAAAGCAAUGCAGAAACGAAUGUGGAAUGCUCUGGCGGAGGUGCUGGAGUCGGUUGAGCCGGGAUGUGUGGAAGCUAUGCUGAGGCAGUAGUUGAAUGGUCGGGCAUCAUUGCGAAGAAGACUGUGCCGG